UGUCUCUCUGCUGUUCUCACUCUCUGCGGUGAAUGCAGCUCGAAGUUGGCAGAUUCCGGCAAGUUCUGUGAAGAGGACUGCCUGCAGUGCCUGGUGGUGCAUUUCCUUCGCGAUGACGGGUUGCACGUCGACCGCGGCAGUGGAGAUGUAUCUGACGGUGGCUUUGUUGCUGUGUGGCACGUGGCUUGCACCUCUUCUUUCGGCGAAUGGCGAUGCCGCGACCGACUUCCUGAAGCAAUACACGGACCCGAAGGUGUCCCACAUCCAAGUGAGCGGCGACGUCUAUCUGAGCGACGACUUGCCGCUGCUGUCCCGCAGUUUGACGAUAGUCGGAGUGAAGCAGACGGGGGGCCGUCUGCCAACCCUCGAUGGGCGAGGCAGUUUCAGCGGGAUCGUGACCAGCGCAAACCUGACGCUCCAGAGCUUGGCAUUCACCAACUUCAAGACGUCCACCACGGAGGGUGGUGCUGCAGUCUACGCCUACGGGGGAACGCACGUGUUGAUUGAUAAGUGCGUGUUCCGGGGCAACCGGGCGAUGAGCGGCAGAGGGGGCGCCGUUAGCCUCAACGACGUCGAUUUCUCAAUGACCAAUUGCACCUUCGAUCGUAAUGGUGUCAGAAUCAUCUCCGGCUCCGACAUUGACGUGACGGAGGGCUUGAAGAGCUUCAGCGGCAAGACAUCCACGAGCGGACAAGCUGGCAAGGGAGGGGGGCAGGCGGAGCGGGCGACGCAGGGGAGCCAGGAUGGGGCCGAUGGGCAGUGGGGCCAAGUCGCCGGUGAUGGGGAAGUGGGGGCCGAGCCCGCCGCAGGCGCGGAGACUGCCACUGGAGGGACGACGGAUAACCCCGUUGGGCCCGCUCAAGUGAAUGAGAAGACGAACAAGCAGGACGGUAUUCAUGGCGGAGCAGUGGCUUGCAGCGGUUCUGUGUGCAACAUAGCGAGAUCCACAUUCACGAACAACUUCUCCAGCUAAGAGCAUACUCACACUAGGACUUUCUUACGUAUUUAUGCACGUAAUUGCGUUCACAUGCAUCCGGGUCGGGCCAUAAAUCCGGUCAGGUACAUGCAUCCAGGUGAUUGCCACAAUGCCAUUAACGUC